AAAGAAAGAAAGAAAGAAUUAGAAAGUUGUGUACAAGCAGAAUCUCAGUCAACAAAUGGGUCAAACUCUUACAACUCAAUAACCUCACUCCAUCAUCAUACAACAUUAGCCAACAAAUAUUAAUAUUAGCAAUUAGCUUUAGCAUACCAGUUGGACCCUUUUAAUAAUAUUACAUUUUAAUACAAUUAAGAGUAGUUUAAUGGGUUGGGAAAAGAGAAAAGGAACACACAAAAGGAAGAAAUUGGAUGGGAGCUCAUGGAAAAUUCAUGUCCUAUGAAGAGGUUUGCUAAUCUUUCUCUGUCUCUAUUUUUAAUUUCCCUUUUGAUUUUUUUUCCUUCUUUAUUUAUAUCCUAAAUCUUUCAAUUUUUUUUUUUAAAUUUCCAUUUUCCUCUUUCUCCUCUUUCUGCCUAUUAAACUAUGAAAAUGGCAUAUUACCAAUCAUCCUUUCCCCUCUGUAGGAAACACCCAUCAUUGCUCCCAACAAUCCUUUUCAACCUUAGAAACCUGAGCUUCUAAGCUAUUCCCUUCCUAUCUUUUUUUUUUCCUUUCUCUUAUGCCUCUCUGCUCUCAAUUUAAAUAUCACCAAUCUUUAUAACCUUUUCUCUCCUCCCUCUUCUCUCUUUAUAUUGCCAUCCCUGAGUUUCUCUCUACAAUGGAUCCUUCCUCUACAAAUUCUGUCAAUGGUUUCUAUUCCUUCCUCACUCGAGGGAUCGAUGAUCUUGAACGUGUUUAUCUCUCUAGCAACUUCAUGUCAAUCCAAUUCCUUCAAAGGGUUCUUUCUUUGUUAAGAUCUUUUCAUUCCCAGUUGACCUUGCUGGUCCAAAAACUUCAUUUGCCUGUGGGAGAUAAGUGGCUUGAUGAGUACAUGGAUGAGAGUUCAAAGCUAUGGGAGGCAUGCCAUGUCCUAAAAUCAGGGAUAUCUGGAAUGGAAAACUAUUACUCAGCGGGAUUUAAUAUCACUUCUUCUCUUGACAACCAUCGCCGUCUUAGUACCCAGUUAUCUCGCCAGGUAAUACGGGCAAUUUCUGGGUGUCGAAGAGAAGCAGCGGGAUUGGAGGAGGAAAACAGAGCUUUAAUGGAAACAAGAAUCCAACCGCUAUCUUUGCGGUUCGAUGAGAAGGUGUCAAUCGAAUCUAAACUGAAUGGUUUCAAUGGGUUUCGAGGGGUUCUGUAUGCAAUGAGAAACGUAAGCUCUUUGCUUCUAAUGAUCCUGCUAUAUGGGCUAGUGUAUUGCUGGCCAGAAUCGAGCUUUCUGCGAGGAGGGUAUGAAGGAUGCCUAUUCUUUGGAUCAGCUUUCAUGAUCUCAACAGCCAGAUUGCAGCAGAGGGUAGCAGGAGAUAUAAACCAGAUAAAUGGGAGGCCAGGGAUUUUACUGUAUGAGUUUAGGAGAUCAAAGAUGGCGAUGGAGGAGCUGAGAGGAGAGCUGGAGAGGAGGUGUGGACAAGGGGUGGUGGUGGUGGAUUGGGAAACAGAAGUUGAGAUAAGGGAAAGAGUGGAGAAUUUGAGAGGCUGUUUUGGAGUUUUGAGAUCUGGGGCUGAGAGUAUUGUUGGCCAACUCGAUGAUUUCUUUGAUGAGAUCGUUGAAGGGAGGAAGAAGCUUUUGGACUUUUGCAGUCAUAGGUAGAAACAGGGAGAUAGGAAGGUCGAAAAAAAUAUUACGAGGGGGAGGAAGCAGUUGUUGGAGUGGUUGCACCUCUAACCCAUUCUCUCCUUUUUUUUUUUUUUUCCGUUUAUUUUCUUUUUUUUUUUAAAUUUUAAAUCUCUCCAUUUUUUUUUUCUCCCUUUAUUUUCCCUCUCACGGUUUCUGUUCGUUACUACAGAUAUUCUAUUCUUUUAAAGCUUUUCUGUGAUAACGCUUAAUGGUAAAAUUGAACAAAGAAACAGUAAUUCUGGGUUGGAGAAGACUUAAAAUUUGAGGGACAGUAAUUGCAGUAGGCAGGGCCGAGUUGUUCCUCUUUGGACAUGAACAUGAAACACCAGCUUCUGGGUUCCAUUUAUUAAUUAUAAUGGACAAAAGGAGUGAAAGCUUCUUGUUUUUA